AUGAAUACUGAAUCCACGCGUCAAUACAACUUACCUAGACCGUUAUCAAAUACAACAACGACAUUAAUUAAACUAGCACAUCAGCAACCAUUGGUUAUUCCCGAUGCUCAAGAACUGUUAUCAAUAAAGGCUGAUCUAGAAGCGCUGUUACCACUUGCUGAAAACAGAGCUCAAGAUCUUAAAAGAGGACUCAAUAAAUUGGAUGGCAAUGUAAAGAUUUAUGACAAUGGAGAAGUCAAUGCGGAAAACACAAAGAUAAAGCAAGAAUCAGACGAUUAUUCUGAUUCACUUUUUAUACCAAAGAAUGACCAACAGAGUAGACAAGCUGCAUUAGAAGCCAUUAGAAGAAGACGAAGACGAGAGGAUACAGAGAGCGCUGAUGAAGGAGCACGACGAAGCGAAUCACCUCAUUUAAAAAUGAAAAGAAUGGAACCCUUACAACGACAGUAUGCUCAAAGUAUGUCACCGCCUACUCUACACAACGACUUGAAAAAGAAAAAACACGCAUCACCUUCUGUCAAUGCGCGGGCGCAACAGGACCAGUCAAAGGAAGAGCUGGAUUUUGUCAGAGUGAAGCCAAAAGAUCAGGUGCCUAUCGCGACCUUUUGGACAGCAAUGGAGCCCUAUUUUCGUCCACUGACAGAAGAAGAUCGACAGUUUCUAUUGGAAAAAUCAGAUACAGGAAAGCCUUUUCUAAUACCACCUCUUGGAGAGCAUUAUCUAGAUCAAUGGGCUAGAGAAGAUCAGUUACUGCAGCAGCAAACAAAAUCACCGCUUAAUUCAAGGCAUAGCUCUGUAGAUCCUCAAUCACAACAGCAGCAGCAACAGCAGCAACAACAGAAGCUAAAAUAUAUAAAGGAGCCAAUCACUGACGAUCAACUACUGCAGGAUGAUUUAAGUUCAGGGUCGUUAACAGAACGAUUACUAUCUAGUCUGGUUGCUGAAGAUAUCAUUGAUCCUUCAGAACUGAAAAGGGAAGCAGAUGAAGUAGACGUAGAAGAAAAUACUGAAGAUCAAGCUACACAAAGUAAAAGUGUGGAUCGAGUAUUAGAAAUAGUGGAUUUUGAAGAGAGAUUAAAAAGAGAGCUUCGAUAUGCAGGGCUAUUUGGAGAUGAUGAUGUUGACUGGAAUGCAAGAGAAGAUGACGAAAUUUGCGCAGAAUUACGUGCACUUGGGCGCGAAUAUAAAGAACAAUUGAAAAUAAAUGAUUACCGAAAGAAGAAGCUAUUAGAAAUAGUGGAUUGCCAGCUGCAGUAUGAACAAUACAGACAGGUGUUAGAUACAUUAGAUAAUCAAGUAGAACAAGGUUACAUAAAGCGAUUUCGUAACCAAAAAUCAAAGAAACGUAAAGCAACUUCAGGGCAGAAAUCGACUUUAUCUGAAAACGCCAUUUAUGCAAUGGAAAAAAGAAGGACAUGGAUCAAUGCACUUGGAGAGAUAUUCAAAGAUAAGAAUCUCGUCAUGCCUUCUAAAUCCAUUUAUUCCCCAGAAUCUUCAGCAACAACAACAACGGACGAAAAUGAUAAUAAUAAUAAUAGUAAUAAUAAUAGUUAA